UGAGCAAUGAUGCCCUGCGUGGGGCCACUCCCCAGGCCGCAGCCCAGGUGCUGCAGUGGGUGAGCUUCGCUGACUCAGAGAUCAUCCCUCCAGCCAGCGCAUGGGUCUUCCCCACUCUGGGAAUUAUGCAGUUCAACAAGCAGGCCACAGAGCAGGCCAAGGAAGACAUAAAGAGGGCCUUUGCACUGCUGAACCAACACCUGAACACUCGUACCUUCCUGGUGGGAGAGAGAAUCAGCCUGGCUGACAUCACUGUGGCCUGCUCCAUGCUCUGGCUCUACAAACAGGUCCUUGAGCCUUCUUUCCGUCAGCCUUACACCAACGUGACUCGCUGGUUCGUCACCUGUGUCAACCAGCCCCAGUUCAAGGCUGUCCUUGGAGAGGUUAAGCUGUGUGAAAAGAUGGCCCAGUUUGAUGCCAAGAAGUUUGCUGAGAUGCAGCCCAAGAAAGAGACCCCACCUAAGAAAGAGAAGGCAGGCAAAGAGGCAGCCAAGCCCCAGGAGAAGAAAGAAAAGAAAAAGGAAGAGAAGAAGCCCGCCCCAGAAGAGGAGAUGGAUGACUGUGAUGCCGUUUUGGCUUCUGAGCCCAAAACCAAGGACCCCUUUGCACACCUGGCAAAGAGCCCCUUUGUCAUGGACGAGUUCAAGAGAAAGUAUUCAAACGAGGACACCCUGACAGUAGCCAUUCCCCACUUCUGGGAGAACUUUGACCGGGAGGGGUACUCAAUCUGGUACUGCCAGUACAAAUACCCCGAGGAGCUUACACUUACCUUCAAGAGCUGCAACCUUAUCACAGGUAUGUUCCAACGCCUGGACAAACUCAGAAAGAACGCCUUCGCCAGUGUCCUCUUGUUCGGCACCAACAAUGACAGCAGCAUCUCUGGUGUCUGGAUCUUCAGAGGCCAGGACCUGGCCUUCACUCUGUCUCCAGACUGGCAGAUCGACUAUGAAUCAUAUGACUGGCGCAAGCUGGAUCCAGACAGCGAGGAGUGCAAGACCAUGGUAAAGGAGUACUUUGCUUGGGAGGGUGAGUUCAAGCACGUGGGCAAAUCCUUUAACCAGGGCAAGGUCUUCAAAUGAGGGGACACUGGGACAGCCUGAACGAAAGCACUCUGCGCUUCUGUUUCCCAGCACUUAAAACCUAUGGACUCUCAGCCACCACGUGCUUACUUUACUGCAAGAAUGACUUGGAAAUGACAGUGUUUGAAGACAAGAAUGAAUUUUGUCUGUGGCCCCAAACUGGUUUUUUGAUGUUUUGACCUGCGAAAUAAAGCAUUUUCCACAAUGCCAUCUAUGGGACUUGA